AUGUCUGGUUUCUGUUGCUUAGUGUGUGUACUAUGUUUGUUAGGUUUAGUUAAGGAUGCUGCCUCGGCAGACUAUGCAGCAGCGCUGACUAAAUCUCUGUUGUUCUAUGAAGCGCAGAGGUCUGGGAAGUUACCGCCCGAGCAGCGUGUUCAGUGGCGGAGUGAUUCGGCUCUUUUCGAUGGUCAAGAAGCCGGGGUUGAUCUUGUGGGAGGAUAUUACGAUGCGGGAGACAACGUGAAAUUUGGGUUCCCUUCGGCGUUUACAGUGACGAUGCUGUCAUGGAGCGUGGUGGAAUUCGGGCCUCAACUUCAGGCCCGAAAUGAGUUGAGGAAUGCUCUGGCAGCAGUGAAAUGGGGAACGGAUUAUCUGAUUAAAGCCCACCCGGAGCCCAACUUGCUGUAUGGGCAAGUGGGAGAUGGGAAGUCGGAUCACAAUUGCUGGCAGAGGGCCGAAGACAUAGGAAAGAACCGAACUGUUCACAAGAUUGACGAGCAGCACCCCGGAUCCGACCUUGCUGCUGAAACUGCCGCCGCUUUUGCCGCUGCAUCCAUUGCUUUCAGUCAAUCGGAUUCCAGUUACUCGUCCAUCCUUCUCAACCAUGCCAAACAGUUAUUCGAUUUUGCAACAAAAUACACUGGUCUGUACCAGAACAGCAUUCCAGACGCUACAGAGUUUUAUAAGUCAUCAGGAUACAAGGACGAGCUGCUGUGGGCUGCUGCUUGGCUAGCACGGGCCACCAACGACAUCAGCUACGUCGGGUUCCUCACUAGAAACGUUAAUUUUGGCACCAGUUCAAUGUUUUCAUGGGACGACAAGAACGUUGGUGCUCAAGUCCUCGUCACAAAGAGAAUUUUGGAGCAGAAGUAUCCGGGCGAUGGCAGUUUGAGUCAGUUCAAGACUAAUGCUGAGCAGUACGUUUGCAACAUCAUCCAGAAAGGAAAUAGCAACACGCAGAGGACGGGUGCCGGACUUCUUUGGUUCGACGAAUGGAAUAAUCUUCAGUACGUCACCAGUGCUUCGUUUAUCAUCGUUGCUUAUGCUGAUAUUCUUACUGCUACUAGUAAUACUCUCCAGUGCGCUCAAGGCGCCGUCCGUCCUGAGGAUUUGAUUGCUUUUGCCAGAUCACAGGUGGACUACAUAUUGGGCACGAACCCGAAGCAAAUGAGUUACAUGGUGGGUGUCGGAUCAAACUAUCCAAAGAGAGUUCACCACAGAGGAGCAUCCAUCGUGUCGUUCAAGACAGACGCGACUCCAAUCGAAUGCAAUCAAGGUUUUGAAUGGUACAACAAGGAUGCUGAUAACCCUAAUGUUCUUGACGGGGCAGUAGUCGGGGGGCCGAAUAAGGCCGACGGGUACUCCGACGAGAGGAAAAAUUACCGGCAAGGGGAGGCCGCAACUGCAAACAAUGCACCCUUUGUUGGGGUUUUAGCCCGACUUGCCUCAUGAUUUCAUGCUUCCAGCAAAGUAUCGGACCUGCUGAAGUUGUACGCACAUUCGUAUAUGGAUUUGCAAACUACAGA